AUGGCAGCAACCAAGGUAACCCUGAAGCUUUUGAUAGAGAAAAAGAACCGACGGGUUCUCUUCGCUGAAGCAGACAAAGAAUUUGUUGAUUUCAUCUUUAGCAUUUUCACUCUCCCGGUGGGAACUGUGACUAGGCUCUUACAAAAGAAAAACAUGGCAGGCUGCUUGCGUAGCCUGUACAAUAGCAUAGAGAAUCUGAGUGAUAUUUACAUUCAGCCAGAUCAAGACAAAGGCUUUUUGCUAGACCCAAAAGUAGCCAACAUUUCUGGUGCUAAAGUCCCUCUCCUCUUGCCAAGCGUUGAGCACAAUGAGCAGUCAAAUACAACCAAGAAAUUUUAUAGGUGUGGAAGCGGAAGCCAUACCAGCUAUGUGGCUAUUGACCGGAGAGCAAUAUGUCCUUUGUGCAAGAAUUCAAUGACCACUGAGGUAAGUUACGUAGACCCACCAAGCGAUAUCAAGGCAUCCUCUUCUAGUGAGGGAGGUUACGUGAAGGGGGUGAUUACUUACAUGGUGAUGGAUGAUCUUGACGUCAAGCCCAUGUCCGCCAUCUCUUCUAUCUCUCUGCUUUCCAAGUUUAAUGUCACGGACCUUGGAGCUGUUGAGGAGAAAGUGGUCGAUUUUGGCAUGGAUGAGGUUUCGGUGGCUUUGAGAGAUCCAUUAAUAAUGAAUUCAGUACUUUGUUGA